UUUAAAGUGCAUCGCCUUUGUGUACGGAAUGGCUAGUACAAGUAGGAUGCUUCGUAUUUUCGGUCGUAGGUUAAUUGAGGCAAAUAACACUGUUAAACCAAUACAGAAUAUAUUUUUUCAAAAGCCCAAAACGAACAAUGUAGGUACAAAAUGUUUUGUAAACAGCAAGCUGCUACAUUCACAAAACAGGCAGGAGGAAGCUGGAGGUAAACUACAGUAUAAAACAAAAUCAAAAUGGCUUCAGUUUGGAAAACUGGGAUUGCUGGUGGUAGCAUCUACUACAGCAGCAGCGGGCUUCACUUACUUGACUUUAUUGAAGGAUGUCAAAGCAGGUUUUCCAGAAGAAGAAAGUUUGGUUUACCAUCAAGCAACUGAAGAAGUAGACCUAGAAGAUAACUUGUUGAUAAACGAGAAGGUAAAAGUCUUUACAAAAGAUGAACUGAAAGCAUUUUGUGAAAAAAAUUUUGACAAGCUGAAUUUGUAUGCUGUUUCUGAAAAAGACAUGGAGGACAAUAAAGUUUCCUUGCGUGAAGUUUCUGAUGAUGAGUAUAAGAAAUUAAUGAAUGAGAAUCUUGAUUCUUCCUUCAAAAAAGGUAAAGAAAAAUUACAAUUACUUGAAGUUGCCUAA